UAUUACAUUUAUUGAGGUGUGGCUUUAUAAAGUUAUUAUCAUUCUAUUGGCUACAAUGCCUCCCAGACCUUUAUCAUUGAUUAAAGCCAUCAUUAUGGGACCUCCUGGAUCAGGCAAGGGAACUGUUAGCUCUCGUAUAGUCAAAAAGUUCAGCUUAAAUCAUAUUAGCAGUGGAGACAUUUUGAGACAUCAUAUCAGUGGUAACACAGAGCUUGGACUUGAAGCGAAAAAGUUCACAAGCAGUGGACUCCUUGUUCCUGAUAAUCUAGUUACUAAAGUUGUUCUGGCUGAGUUGAAGUCUAUUGGAGAAAAAAGCUGGCUACUAGAUGGGUAUCCAAGGACAGUCUCACAAGCCGAAGAACUUGAUAGAAAUUACAAUGUGGAUAUGGUGCUGAAUCUCGAUGUUCCAUUUGAAACAAUUACUGACCGCAUUUCAAAAAGAUGGAUCCACCCCGGUAGUGGUAGAACCUAUAAUCUAGACUUUAAUGCACCAAACAUCGAGGGUAAAGAUGACAUUACUGGUGAAGACCUUGUGCAAAGAGAAGAUGAUAAGCCUGAAUCAGUGCAGAACCGACUGGAGCUGUAUUCAAACAUGACAAAGCCCUUGCUCGAUUAUUACAGUGACCAAGACAAAGUGAUUUCAUUCUCUGGAACAGAAACGAAUGUGAUAUGGCCUCUUGUCCAGAAAUAUUUAGAAGAGAAAACUGAAGCUUCAAUUAAUUGACAACUGCAACAUUCUCUUAAUUAAACUUGGGGAUCGUAUUUGAUUUAAAACGCACACAAAUCUUUAUAAUUUAUUGGAAAGUACACCUUGCAUACUGCUGUUUUUAAAGUUGGUGUUUCUAAAUUUAGUAUUUUAUUAUGUUAACUGUUCAGAUUGACGAAUGAUUUUUAUGAUUUAAGUUUCUGAGAUGAUCAUAAUCAAUAUAUUUUUAUUGCUACCUUUAUGUA